CCAUCUAAGGCGGGCAGUUCUCUUCCUCAAUGAACAUCCCAUCUGAUACACCUCAAUGCACUUCAAGCAUUCAUCAAUGGCGGUCACUGCACCAGUACCAUCAUCAGCUACUCACCUCCGUUCACUCCUACACUCUCACUUCCUUUCUCCUCCUCACCGCCUCCACUCUUCCCGCCAAUUUUCCGCCAAUCAGCAGCAUCGGGAACUGACAAUCGUCUCCAUGGCCCCCAGGAAAAAGGUAAACAAGUACGAUGAGAACUGGAAAAAACAGUGGUUUGGGGCGGGGAUAUUCUACGAGGGAAGCGAGCAGGUUGAAGUAGACGUGUUCAAGAAGCUGGAGAAGCGGAAGGUGCUGAGCAACUUGUCGAAGACGGGACUGUUGUCGAAGGCAGAGGAGCUAGGGUUUACUCUCUCGUCGAUUGAGAAGCUCGGGGUUUUAUCCAAGGCGGAGGAGCUCGGUCUCCUCAGCCUGCUGGAGAAACUCGUCACCGCAUCACCCUCUGCUUUGGCCUCGGCAGCGUUACCUGCGGUUGUGGCCGCGGUGGCUACAAUUGUUCUGAUUCCCGACGACUCGGUCGGGCUGGUGGCCGUACAGGCUGUUGUCGCCGGUGCGCUUGGAGUCGCCGCCGCUGGCCUGUUCGUCGGCUCCGUCGUGUUGGGUGGCUUACAAGAAGCUGACUGAUUUCUUUUUACCCUUUUAGAUUUUUUUUUUUUAUGGCUUUGGAGUGUAAAUUACUAAAUCUGGUAAAUUUUGCUACUUUUUUUUCA